UCGAAGACCACAGCAUCAAGCGUUUCCGAAACGGAAUUUUUACCGGGGACCCCGGAACGCGAUUGAGCUAGUAUUGGGCGGGUUUUGUUAUGCAAACCUGGCAACCCUGCAUAGGACAGCACGUGCAAGUGUUUUAGGUUCCGCACAGAAAAACAACUCUGCAAGUCCAUGAUUACUUUGAAGCAAGCCUCCUGACGCGCAUCGAAGGAUGUUCAUAUAUAAAGAAGCAGGCAGUGGCACACGGAUACCGUGGUUCAUAUGCACCCUUCUCUCACUUCAUGGAGUAAUAUCCGAAACCAGUAGAGCACUGGAUAUAAUGAAAAAAUAUCCACUAAUUGAUGGACACAAUGACCUUGCACUACGUCUGAGAAUGUUUUAUAACAACAGAUUGUCCAGGUUCAGUCUGCAUAACAUUGCUCAUGCGGUUACAGAUAUCAGUCGCCUCAAAGCUGGUCAUGUUGGAGGGCAGGUUUUUGCAGCGUACGUGUUGUGCACGGCUCAGGACAAGGAUGCUGUCAGACUGACAUUGGAACAGAUUGAUGUAAUUCGUCGUGUAUGUACUGAAACCUCAUACCUGGAACUGGUCACCACAGCUGAAGGAAUGAGGAAUAGUACAAAAAUCGCAUGUCUCAUCAGUGUGGAGGGAGGCCACUCCAUCGACAGCAGUUUACCAGCACUACGCAUGUUCUACCAGCUUGGAGUAAGAUCCAUGGCCCUCACACACACCUGCAACACGCCAUGGGCUGAGAGCUCAUCUAGUUUUUACUCAUUUUACCAGCGGAAGAACAACAGCUUGACAGAAUUUGGCAGGGAAGUGGUGAAAGAGAUGAACAGGUUGGGAAUGCUGAUUGAUCUGUCUCAUAGUUCCUGGGAGACAGCCAGAGCAGUGCUGAAUCAUUCUACCGCUCCAAUUAUUUUCAGCCACUCCUCAGCCUAUGCUAUCUGUAACAAUACUCGCAACGUACCUGACGACCUGCUGCAGCGUCUGAAAGCAAAUGGUGGGCUUAUCAUGGUAAACUUCUACAGCCUUUUUGUAGCAUGUUCAGAUACCACAGACGUGUCUACUGUGGCUGAUCAUUUUGAUCAUAUAAAGGAUCUGAUUGGUGCUGAAAGCAUUGGGAUUGGAGCAGACUUUGAUGGAGCACAAGGAUUCCCUCAAGGGCUGGAGGAUGUCUCCAAAUACCCAGCACUAAUUGAGGAGCUGAUAUCAAGGAACUGGAGUGAGGAAGAGCUGGCAGGAGUGCUAAGACUGAACUUCCUUAGAGUGUUCCAAAAGGUUGAGAAGGUACGUGAUAAUAUGCGAAAUACUUUACCCAGCGAAGCUGAAAUCCCAUUUUUGGAAGCAAACAACAGCUGUCGUGCGAUACUGACUAAACCACCCAGGCCCGACGGUAGCUAUCGAAAUGGAAAAGCUUCAUUGAUGCCUGUAAGAGCUAUUGCCUGGUUUAUUGUACUUUUGAUCCAGUUACUGUAGUCUUAACAUCAAAACAACAAAUCAUCCAGAGACACUAUCUAAAUCCAAUGUUUUACGACACUGCUUUGAGAUUGCCUUGCCAACGCUUGAUUUAAAUCUCAAGACAAGCAGUUGAAGUAAAUUUGCUGACUGAAACUGACACUCAGGUCUUUGACAGUUUUGGAAAUUUAUGUUUGGUAACAGUUUCUGAAGAAGACAGUUUAUAAUGGUUUAUUAAUAUGCAUAGCUAGUGUACAGAUCACAUUUCUGUAAAUUAAUAAAAAAAUAGAGAUUUAUGUUCAGCUCAUGAGAUAACAAAAUUAAGUAACAAACAAACAGCAUACUGCCUGCAUCUUAUACUGCCAUAGCAUAUCAGUAAAAGGCAUCUGUUUCUUUCAUUCUGUCUGUCUGGUGUUUCUUUUUUGUAGCAGUAAAUAUAAUAAAUUAUUAUUUUUUUAUUAAAUAAGUUUUAUUAUUAUUAUUAUUAUUAUUAUUAUUAUUAUUUGUUUCCAAACAUUUCUCAAACACUCCUUUUACCUCUUAACUUGGACCAAUAAGUAAUCCCACUUCAAACUCACACCACUGAGCAAGUUGACAUGUUGAACUGUUCAAACUUGGAGAUUAAACUUUUGGAAGCACCAGAAAGCCAUAGUGUAUACUUAUAUAUAUCUGCAGAUGACAAAUAAUGCUUUAUAAUACGAUACGAUAAUAUGAUAAUACUUUGUUCAAUAUAAAUUAUUAUAGAAGAAAAACGAUACUCGUCACCUUUCUGAUGCAAUACCACCUGUUUUUAGCUAGCUUCUUUUUGUUAAUCCAUGAGGUGUACAGUUAAAGGUUGUCUUUUUUCCAAGGCAAAAAUAAGGUGUAUACUACAAGAAGCAUAUUCUGCAAUUCAUAGUGCACUUUAUUGUAACUUUCAUAUUUUAUAGUUUUUAAAAUAUAUGUAUCUUAAUACUAUAUACCUCAUGUUUCAUUGAAGUGUUUAAUUCUUCUCUUCAACAUUGAAAACUAUACAGAUGUAACAUUAUACAACCAGUAACAGAUCAUUGCCUUUAUAUUCCAGAUAUAAAUGUUGUUAGUCAAAAAUAUUUUCUUCUUUUUGUAUAACAAAUGUAUAUUGUCUGUAUUGUCAUGCCCUAAAAAAGAAUAAAGACUUUGUAUCAGUA